AUGUCGACUCCCACAAAACGAAAGGUCCAUCGACGGAAGAGGCGACAUGCUCCACGCCGUGAUCGCGUUCAAAAGUCACAGUCAGGCUCCUCGGCAAAGGGCUCCAAAUCCUCCACCAAGUCCGGAAUCCUCCCUCCCUCGGAUGAUCCAUUAGAAGAGAACAUCUUUGAGCGUGAACCCAUGCCACAAGGAUAUGUGUUCGUUCCGAAGGGGAGUGUGUACAUCACCAGACACUGCCGCAGCAACACAAAGGAAUCGAAAAAAGUUGUCUUUGUUAUCUACCAAUGUCCACCCCCUUGUAUUGACAAAGAGCAGGACAAAGCAGCCAAGCGAACCCUGGGCAUACGAGUCCCAAGGGAGAUCCAUGAGAAUGUUUCAGAGCAAGAAGCCUUAACAUCUCAGAGGCGGUCCGAUGCAGUUGAUGCCCGCGACAGCAAGACCAUCAGUCGUGCACGAGAUCUCCUCCUCGAGGAGUUUCCGUUAAUGCCCCGUGAUUCACUCAAAGUGAUUCUAGACCAUGCGUUCCUCAAGGGCUCCGGCCGAGUAGGGCGCACCUCAAUGACGACAGAUAAACGAAAGGCCUCACUUGCUGUUGAGGCUCAUAUUCGACACAUGCAUACGCCGUACGAGUCAUUACUUGAUGAUGGGGUUGACCGGUCCGAUGCGCGUGAGAAGGUAUGGCCAAUUGUCAAAGCGAUCAAGAAGACUUGGGAGGGAAGUACGGAUGGGAACUUCGUGGACUUGACUUUACGUUGA